AUGAGCACCCGCAUCACCCGCAGCGAAGCCCGCAGGACCAUGGAGAGCCAACAACCAGCCGAAGGAUCCAGCCCGGGGCGAGGACGGUCGACAUCCCGGCCCAUCCGAGUCCCGCGGCGGAUCCCGAAGAGAGGUGUUCCGGAGCCUGUCUUAAGCUCGGACAGCGACGUCCAGGUGGUAGAUGACGAGCCGGGCAGACAAAGAAGAUGGCGGAUCCGGAGGGCGGUUGACCGCAGCAACGGCCAGAUCCCGACAGGCAAUGCCGAGGUGGAGUGGGCUAGCAAGGAGCCACCCCAGGACCAACCGCCGGUCGGAGACCAGGCCAAAAUGGCCAACGAAGAACCAUCCGAGGCCCCAACAGCGCCGGACGAGAAAGGACCCACGCAGCCUCAGGAUCGGCCGAAACCCAGCGACUAUGCCGACAUCAUCAUCGCGGCAACCUGGGAGAACCGUCGACGGUGCGAGGAGUGGCGCAGGAGCGAGGAGCGGCGCAGGAGCGAGGAGCGGCACAGGAGCGAGGAGCGGCGCAGGAGCGAGGAACAGCGGCGGAAACAGAUGGAGGAGUCGCCAGAAUGGCAGGCGCGACUGGAAGAGGCCGAGGAGGAGGAGCGGCAGCUGUGGGAAAACCCGGGGUACCCGCCCACGCCGCGGUACAUGCCCGAGCCCUGCGUCCAGCCGCCCGAAGUGGCAGUAGAAUGGGCACCAUCGCCGCCGCGGUGGAUGUCCGAAGUGCCGCCGACGCCGCGGUACGAGGGCUCACCCAGGUGGAGGCCCGCACGGCCACCCACGCCGCGCUUCGAGCCGACGCAACAGACCGAGAUGCCGCCGACACAAGUCGAGGCGCCGAAGCCGCAACAGCCCGAGAUGCCGCCGCCGCCAGUCGAGUCGCCAAAGCCGCAGCAGCCCGAGACGCUGCCGCCGCCACAACCCGAGCCGCCACGGCCGAAUCCCGGGGAGCACCAUGUCCGCACGGACAUCCCGGCGGCGCACGUGAGCCACAGUGCGCGCGCGUUUGUGAUCGACGGUGUGCGGUGGCGGCAACAGACGAUCACCUGGACAUGGCCGGAGGGACCCGCGGAGGACGCGACUGCGGGGGAGGAACCACAGAUCUGGGAGGAGGUGGAACCGCGGGUGAGCCCAAGGGAUCCGAGGGUCCGAGGCAGACCCGAGGCAACGGCGACGCAGAACCCGGGAUCGACGACGCCGGCACCCGCAACACCUGAUUCCUGGAAGCCACCGACGCCGAGCACCGGGCCAGCGACACCCGCGUCACCGCACUCAGGAGCAGCCGCAGACAACGCGACGAGAAAGGACGAGCCGCUGGAGAGGGGCCCAUGGGUGUGGCCGGAACCGCUGGCCGGUCAGCGGCCACCGUGGAAGCGGCAACAUUCCGCGCCGGAGGUCGUCGGAGAGGUCGCGAGGCCGAAACUGAUGCGGCAGACGUCGGCACCCGAGGGUCAGCGGCGGUGA